UUAUUUUGAAAGUAAUGAGAGCGGCUAGAUUCGUUAGAAAGAGCAAAAAUUUAGCAGAUUUGGACUCCAAUAUCCAAGACUUUGUCCUUGUGGAUAAACCAAAUAUUAAGAGACACAAAGCAAGGAGAAGGAGAGCCAGAAAGAUCGAACUUAAGAAACUAAAUAAGCAGGAAGAAAUUGAUGCUAAUGCAAUUGAAAAUUUUGGAUUUUCAUCUAACUUCUGUUGUAUCGAUGAGGAAGAGUUCAAGGAGCUUAAUCCUGAAGCCCCUGAUAUCACCCUUCCUACUUUUGCUAUAGAGGCUAAUUCUGGUGUGACUUUGGAUGCUGAUGAAGGAUCUACCAGUUAUAAGUCUCCUAAGUUUCUAAAAUGCAAAUAAGUCAACACCGAAACUGAAAUUCCUGAAGGAAGUAAUGAGGAAGAUGACUUUACAGCCUAUAGAGUAUGACUCUAAGGUUUAUAAGACCUCUUUCAUUAAAGGCACCAAUUGUAACGAACUUGUGCUAUGCAAAACUGGCUGUUAUGUUAGCAAGACUUGGAUUGUCGAAAAUUGUGGGGCAGAAAGGUGGUCUACCAAGACUACUAUUAUUGCACUAACUGAAGACCUCGAGUUCCAAGUCCCCAGUAUUGAUAAAUAAAGUCUAUCCUAAAGAACAAGUCAUGAUAACAGUUGUGUUUAAGGUUAAUGACCGUAAUUUGGAAGUAGUUGGAGGUGAAAACAGUCAAAUUAUUGAAGUCAAGCUUAGCUUAAAUCACCCUGAGAUUGGCAAUUUUGGAGAACCUUUAAGAGUCUAUCUUGAGGUUGAUCAAGCCAAAUAUGACUCCCAAGUCAAUAAAGAAGGCAAUGGAGGUAGCCAGCUGCCCCAUAAUGAGUACACUAAGGUGUGGACUGAGCAGUAAUUGAGCAUUUUCAAUAUUUUGGUUAAAAA